AGACCGCCGGCGGGCGGCCUCCACAUCCCCGCCUCCCACUUCUACCUCCCUUGCUCGGCCGGCUCCGGCGACUCCUAUCCGCAUGCCGGAGCCCCCAUGCGCUCCUUCUCCCCCGACACUGACCCCCUCGAGUCUCGACUGAAGCAAACCCUAGCCUCCCGUGCGCCUCGUGCAAAUGGAUGCGGGGGGUCCUAGCCCGAAGCGGAGGAGACCGGCCUCGCCCGGUGUGGAAGAAGACGGAGGAUGCGCCGACUACAUCAGCGCCCUCCCCGACGCCGUGCUCGGCGACAUCAUCUCCCUCCUCCCCACCAAGGAAGGCGCCCGCACCCGAAUCCUCGCGUCCCGGUGGCGCGACCUCUGGCUCUCCGCCCCACUUAAUCUCGACUGCCGUGAGCUCACCGCCGGCAGGAACGAAGUCCGUUCCGACGUCGUCUCGCGCAUCCUUUCCUCCCACCGGGGACCCGGCCGUCGUCUCUACAUCAACACCUGCAUCCACUGGAUACCAGCAGACACCGUGGAAGCUUGCCUCCGAUCCGCCGCUCUGGACAACAUUGAGGAGCUUGAUUUCAUCAACCAUCUGUUAGAGAAACCACAGCGGGCAUUGAUCCUCCGCUUCUCGCCCACCCUCCGUGUUGCCAACAUUGGUGGAUGCAACCUCUCGGACGUCAACUUCCAUGAGCUUCACCUUCACUUCCCCCUGCUUAAGCUUCUCGGUCUUGUAAAUGUCAUGAUCUCGGAGAGCUCGCUGCAUAGCCUGAUUGCCGGGUGCCCAGCUCUCGAGUGCUUGCUGAUUGACAUGUGCUCUGGCUUCCGCCGCAUCCAAAUAAACUCCCCAACUAUUAGAUGCAUGGCUGUGAGAGAAUAUGGGAUACCGAUAGAGUCACUGCUGCUUGAACAAAUCGUCAUUGAGAAAGCUCCUUGUCUUGUGAGGCUGCUCUUUGAGAGGGGCAGUAUUCUGCAGGUAACCGUACUCGCAGCUCCUAAACUGGAGACUUUAGGCUUCAUUAGUGAUAAGUGCAGGUCAGGUGAAUUGUCCAGACUCAUGAUUGGCUCCACUGUUAUUCAGGUAUGCCCUGUGGUUUCUCAGUUGCAUUUCUAUGUGCAGAAAAAUUGCCUAUCACCUGACCUGUGCACUGGCCUAAUAUUGUGGCUUUCAUACUUGAUAAAGGGAUUGCGUGUUGAUAACCUGAUAACAGUGGUACAAACUGUCAAGAUUUUGGCUCUUGAUAUGCACAAUCUUAGUUUGGAUACUGUUAUUGAGUUGAUGAGAUGCUUUCCAUGCUUGGAGAAGUUGUACAUUCAGUCAUUUCAAUCAAGACCGGGGAAUUUGUGGCGUCGUAAACACCGGAAUCUGUUAAGAUGUUUUGACAUGAGUCUGAAGACGUUAGUGUUACAACUAUAUCGGGGGAAGAAGUCGCAGAUUAACUUUCUUACAUUCUUUGUAUUGAAUGCGAAAGUGCUAGAGUCAGUGACACUUGGCAUCACAACCAGGAAUAACAAUGAGAAGUUCUUGGCAGAACAACGCAGGAAGCUUGAGCUGGAGAACAGGGUUUCCAGAGAUGCUCAGUUUCAUUUUAUAACAGGUACUUGUGUCCGCAGUUCUUAUGAUAUCAAGCAUAUUGGUGAUUUGGAUUUAACUGAUCCAUUCACACAUAUGUAGCUACUUGUUCUCAUCGGUUGCCUAUUUCAUUUUGUGUCUUGUCAAACCUGAGUGGUUAGCGUGUUUGUAGUACCUUUUGAGUUUGUAUCAUCUGGUACCUUAGUAGAAUUCGAGAGACUAUUGUUUAUGAUACUUUUGUCAGACGGGUCACAUGUUUGCAACCCUGUGCUAGUUUACAUUAA